AGAGAGCUAGUCGUAGAGAGGCUUUGGUGUGUUGGUCCGACUUUCUUGAGUUGUGGCAUUCUUUCCUGUUGUUUGUUGCUCUUCUGCUUAGCUGUUAUAAGGGUCGUGUCCCUUCAUGGAACUACUUCCGCUACUCCCGUCAUUUUCUCAACCUGAACAGCGCAAGCUAGUGUGUCACGGGUUUUUCUGGUCACGGUCGCACGUCUUAUGGAGCUGAACAUGUUCUUGGUGUUUCCGGUGAUUUGGGCACUCUUUGUCAGUUUGGCUCCGCACUACACGGCACGAGGAGGAGUCACGGAAGCCACCUCUGGCCGGUUUUGCUCUGGCGGAUACGUCACUGGCUACGAUGUUCUUCAGUUCACCAGCUGUGAGGUCAUCGUUGGUAGCCUGGGGAUCGAGGAGGUUGAUUUCACUGAUGUGUGCGCGAAUAAUCCAGCGCUAUGUUGUGGACGAGGAGGCCUCUUCCCCUACCUCACGGACAUCACCGGGUACCUGAGAAUAUCGAACUGCAUCUUUCCACCUUGUUGGCAGCGGUUCGGUGAGCUUGUUCCCAAACUAGCUGUUGUACAUGGCCUGGAUCGCAGUGAGUACUACAUGAGUCGCAGUACGCCAGCAGAACCUGAUCUCGAACCACAGUAUGUUUCGGCAGCACGUGGUGCAACUGUCUUAAUAGAAGGAACUAACCUUGUUAGCGUGAGUGCUCCACAUGUGUGCAUUCCGACUGCGCUGGCCAAAGGCGGUGAGUCCAGCGAUGACGGUGACACCAGCAAUGAAGAUGGAGCCACAACUGCCGCAUCUGUUGUUCUCCGCCAGAAUAGCCUGAUGUGUUUUCGUACCUUGGGAUCUGCGGACAUUAAUGAAAACGGCAGUUUUACAUUGCAGGUAGACUGCCUCGGUGGCAAUGGCAAUUUUGCAGACCGCUCGGCCUUCGCCCCUGUGGCUCAGAGCACAGCUAGGUACAGGGUAAGUCUGAUACGGUGCAUGUUCUAGUUUUAUACGUCUUUG